AUGCUGGAAGAUAUCCAGAAUGGACAGCCACCCUGCAGUGACAGUCCAGAGACCUUCACAGAUUCAGUUCUCAAUGCUCUUGAUUACAAAGACUUCCCUGCCUUGUGCCGGGCUCAAGCAAAAAUUGCUGUGAACAGCAAAGACAAAAAGCUUGAUGUGGUUUUCCAAUCUCACAUCACAGCAAUGCUUGGUGCCUUGAACCUCUAUCUUGAUCCUGAGCUGUCAUAUGGUUGGCAUGAAGCAUCCCUCAUAGCCUCGAAAUCACUAGGCCAAGGAAUCAAUCAUGCCUGCAACAUACGCACCUGGAUUCAUCAGUUUCUCUGUAAUGGGAAGCUCCCUCUCCAUCAAUAUGGUCAAUACCACUCAUCAAUUCUUGAGGAUGAAGACUUCGCACAAGAAAUUCAACUUCACCUGUCUGAAGUCCAGCAACAAGAGGGCCACAGCUGA